CAUACUCAGUUCCUCAAGCCACCCAGUACUUCUUGCCCAGACGCUGCUUUACCUCGUCAAUGGUCUUCAGAAUCUACCUGCUUCUGCGCCCAAUAAAACCAACUGGAUCUCGGAUGCUGCGCGAAAGAUGCCAUGCAGAAGCAUCUUACUGGUGCCUCCUGCGUGACUGGGAACGAUGAAGUCAUGGGCGCACAAGAAGGCCCGGAAUGCUUGAUUCUUGAGGUUGUCUUUUGCACCAAUGCGGGCAAGCUGCGUCGCGCUUGGAUGGUGCUUCGAAGGGCUAUCGGUCUUGCCCAACUAAUGGGCCUGCAUCAUGAUCAACCGGACAAACUCAUAAUACUCGAUCCCCAAACCAAAGCCUCAGCAUCGCUCAUGUGGCAUAGGCUUUCGAGCCAGGAGAGGUACUUGGCUCUCAUGCUCGGUCUACCUGCUACAACUCUUGAUAACCCGUGUACGGCAAACACCAAGUUUACCCCUGAGGAAUCUCCCUACGACCAUCUUGAGCGUAGUCACAGUCAGAUAAUGCGCCGCAUCACUGCUCGAAACGAGAGAAUUCAGCUUGGGGACUUUGGGGUCACGCGACAAGUUGACCAAAUGCUGUAGGUGGCUGCUCAGCGUAUGCCUGCCGAUUGGUGGCUAGUUUCAAACACUCGACUGAAGCAGCAUAC